CCAUUAGCCGGUGAUUAUCAUGAUCAAAAGGAUGUUCCAAGUGAAAAUGAUUAUUCUAUUUCUUUAAGAAUUCAACUUGGAGAUUUUGUUUAUUCUACUUCUGGCGAUUUAGAUGGACAAGACAACAGUUCUAAAUUUGGUUAUCUUUAUCAUAAUGUAGAAUCUUCAUAUAAAGAUGUUGUUGGAGAAGUAGAUUUAUAUAAAGCUAACCAUCAUGGAUCAGAACACUCUAAUAAUGCUGAAUGGUUAGGAGUUCUUAAACCAACAGUUUCAUUAAUUUCAUGUGGUCAUGGUAAUCUUUAUAAAUAUCCAACUGAGCCAGCUGUUUCUUUAAUGAAUAAGUAUUCAAAGAAGAUUUAUUUGACUGAAGAUUGUAAUGCUGCAGUCACCGAUAAAUUUGAUAAAAUUGUAAUUGUUGGUAAUGAAAUAAUUGUUCAUUACCCAAUAGGUGGAUCUACAUUUACUGUUACUGACCUUAAUAACACUUUUAAAAUACAUAUAAUGUAG